AUGGCAUUAUUAUCAAACCCCACAAAAUAUGAGCAGCUUGCCUCCCUAAUUAACUUCUUGCUUAUAAUCUAUCUAUCUAUCUAUGUAUCUAUCUAUCUUAUUGCCUAUAAUUUCUAUCUAUCUAUCUUAAUGCCUAUGAUAUCUUCUAUUCAUUUCUGUUUGUUUAUUAUAUUUGUUCUCUCUUUGUCCAUAUCUAUCUAUCUAUCUAUCUAUCUAUCUAUCUAUCUAUCUAUCUAUCUAUCUGAUUCUGUGCAUAUCUAUCUAUCUAUCUAUCUAUCUAUCUAUCUAUCUAUCUAUCUGAUUCUGUGCAUAUCUAUCUAUCUAUCUAUCUAUCUAUCUAUCUAUCUAUCUAUCUAUCUAUCUGGUUCUGUGCAUAUCUAUCUAUCUAUCUAUCUAUCUAUCCCUCUAUCUAUCAAUCUGAUUCUGUGCAUAUCUAUCUAUCUAUCUAUAUAUCUAUCUAUCUAUCUGAUUCUGUGCAUAUCUAUCAUCUAUCUAUCUAUCUAUCUAUCAACCUAUCUGAUUCUAUGUAUCAUCUAUCUAUCUAUCUCAUCUGCAUUCUAUCUAUCUAUCUAUCUGAUUCUGUGCAUAUCUAUCUAUCUAUCUAUCUAUCUAUCAACUUAUCUAUCUGAUUCUGUGCAUAUAUCUAUCUAUAUCUAUCUAUCUGAUCUAUCAACUAUCUAUCUAUCUGAUUCUCCUAUCUAUCUGAUUCUGCAUUAUCUAUCUAUCUGCAUAUCUGAUUCUGUAUCUAUCCAUCUAUCAACUUAUUCUGAUUCUGUGCAUAUCUAUCUAUCUAUCUAUCAACCUAUCUAUCUGAUUCUGUGCAUCUAUCUAUCUAUCUAUCAACCUAUAUCUGAUCUAUCUAUCUAUCUAUCUAUCUUAUCUAUCUGA